UGCUCUAACUCACGAAGAUCCUCCCACUUGGAUCAGUCGAAAGCGGAUUCUCGCUUCGCCUUCACCGCGCCUUCGUGCCGCUAUCUACUACCGUUAUCGGAUGUGCGAUAUCCGCAUAUUUUCAAAGAUUCGUGAUCUGCGAAAAUCGCGCUGAUUGCCGAUCGGUCAAAGGAGAGAGGAAUGUUCGGCUCACCCAAUUAAUAUGUCACAAACAGAGUUGACGCACCAGCGAAUAAUCCGCAAUGAACGCGUCUGCACGUAUAAACAUAAGCACGGAUAAAUAUAAAACGAAUGUAACACACACAUAGAGCGGCAUGCUUAGGAUUCGUGAUGAAACGCUGGAAGAUAGUAGCUUCUGAAAGAAUACAGUGAGGAGAAGAGCAGCAACAAGAGAAAGGAAGGAGAAUUGGCUGAGGGGGAAAGAUAUGUGCGCAAUUUAACGGGGAUUACAAUCUUAGCCAUUUAGGAAAUCGCGGUAAUAAUCGGCGGGCCCCAAGAGCGGGCCUCUUCUGGCGCGCUACAAGACGAGCCUCGAGCGGGCUUUAAUCGAACCUCGGGUCUCGGCGGCUGCUAGUCUACCGUACUAAGUCAGUUUCGACGUGGAGCGCGGACGACUAAGGCUAAUCCUAAUAGAACCCGACGCCGCGGGCAGCAAUCCUGCGUGCAAGGCAGCAGCGACCGGAAACGAUGGGAAAGCCAUUGCACUGGAUCGUUGUAUUGCAGCCAGUGUCGUUCGCGUACGCUUAUAGGUACGAUCCUUGGUAUCGUGCGGACACGCAGCGUCCGGUCGACGUGAUCACCGACGUCGUCAACGAUCUUGGGUUGAAAAUUCUUCAGCAAUACGCGGCGCACGGAAACGUGGCGUUCUCGCCUACGGGGGUUGCCUUCGUAUUGGUGGCGCUCUAUGAAGGAUCCACCGGUAGGGGAUAUCAACAGAUUGCUGAAGCCAUAGGAUUGCCAUCCAGGGAUGUUACCAGGAUCGGUCUCAGAGAUAUUCACCGACGAUUAAGAAAUUACCUCAAUGCCGAUGGCUUCCUGGGCGGGUUGACGCUGAGCAGGGAGAACACUAGACUUCGUCCCGAAUACGAAGACAUUUUGAGAUUUUAUGGUUUCGAUCUGUCGAGUAUCGAGCAAGAAGCGAACGUUACCGUCAAUACGGGAGAUCCUUCGGAUACAACCAAACUUCCAAUGUCCACUGCCAGUUCAACGAUCCCGAUAGAGACGAUAGAUACUGCGAAUGAGCCGGACACGACGAUGAUAACGUUAACCAUUACAACGCUUCCUUCGGAAACAACGAUUGCUUCAGCUACCACAGUAGACAUUACUCAACAAAGCGUCACGAUGGAUGCAAUCGAUGUGCAAUCGAUUACAGUCGCGAGUUCCGAGUCAGCUGUUCUAAGUACGUCGUCGACAGUAAAUUCCUUACCUGCGGUUACUUUCGGCAAAGGUAUCCAGCCAGCAUCAACAACAGUCAUUGCGGAUAGCCAAACGAAUCUGACCACGGUUCUUGUCGCAGGCGAUCAGAGUCCGCAGGCUACUUCGACAAUCGCUGCCGAGGAUGCUGGAACAGACAAAACCGUCGCAAAUAUCAUCGUUCCUAAUGCCGCUAUGGAGAAUGUAGAAAAUGCAAAUUCUAAUGCGAAUAUUCAAGUACCGCAUAGCCUAGAUACGAUAACGGCGGCUAAUGCCAGUGCGAUGGGUGACGAGAUACCGAUAAAUAUUUCGCCGACUACGAUCGCCGCGAUUAUUGUCAAUGUGACGCCCGUUAACAUGUCUGUCACCGAUGCGAAUACCGUUACCUCGAAUUCGUUAAUUCCCGCGAUAUCGACAUCUUUAACCAGCACUACAAACUUAGCUACUCCAAGUCCCGUUAUCGAAACUAUGACGGAUAACAGUGUUUUUUUGCAAUCGAGUAGGACAUCGGUGGACGCUCUUCCAGCCAGAAAUACUACUCCAGAGAUAAUUGCUCCUAUACGUGAUCUCGCAAUGACGGCAAUCAUCAAUAUUAAUGACGACGCUACUGCGUCCGCUACAAUAACAACAAUAUCAUCUAUCCGAGCGACAAAUACGACGACUCCGACCAAUCUCGUCGGAAAUUCGAAUGACUCCGCAUUCGCCGGUUUCAUGGAUAAUCAGGCGAUUGCAUCGACGAAUGGGAAUGUUGUAUCGAUGGAUCGAAAGAAGAAAGGAUCGGAGUCAGAUUUGAAAGUUGUAAUGAACGAUGGUACCGUUAAAAAUGAGUCGACAUCGCCCAAUCUACGCGAACGCAGAGCGAGGAGUCCACGUGGAUACUUCUCCAGCUAUCCAGACGAAGGUAUCUGGAUGCAAGACUUGGAGAUUUGGAAAUCGUACAGCACGGUAAACCCGAGCGAAUCUCACGUCGAAGAUUCUACAGCGGAGAUAUCGUUUCUGGUGAACGGUUGCGAUGUUUCCUCAGUAUCGGCCUCGAGAUACAUCGCCGUGCUGCCUUUCGCGUACUUCCCAUCGUUGCACGCUGUCGCGCUCGAAUUUCCUCUAGACGAUCCCCGGUACAAUAUAAUUCUUCUCAUGCCGACGGAUAAAACGGACACGCAUCGUCUGGCGAGAGAUCUUAGCGCAAAGUCAUUGAGAUCGUUGAGGAAGCGAUUACAGCCUACUUGGGUCAGGGCCACGAUACCUUCGUUCAUGCUACGCGGUUUCGUCACACUGACGUCAUUUCUGCAAAGGUUGGGAAUCGUGGACGUGUUCGAGCCUAGAUUGGCCGAUCUCUCGCCCAUGACAUCCGAUCUUGGUGUAUACGCCCGAGACGUGCAACAGAGUAUAGGGAUCAAUAUAAGGAAUUACAUGAGACCCGACCGUACCCAUUCUCGUGAGUCGUCUAAUGUCGUUCCACCUCGAAGGGACUAUUACCGAUAUCUGCCUCCAGGUAACGGUCUGUUCGAGAGAGCCGGACCUGUACCUUUUACAGCUUUGCAUCCAUUCCUUUAUUUCAUCGUCGACACCGAGACUUCGGUGAGUCUAAUUGCCGGUCGAGUGGACGAUCCGCUUAAUUCCAGAAUACUGUAGACAUGUAUAAUUUACGAUAUAUUCUAAGAUUUUAAAAUAAACACUCGUUUAUUUGGCGAUACUUAUAAAUAGCUAUAUCUUAUAAUGUAUAGACUUCACCUUCUCCAGCUCGCAUACAACUAUUACCAAGUACACGCAAUUAACAUUGUGCAGAUCUCUGUACAGAUUCCUAUUAGUAAAUAAAGAAGUAUAAAGAUAAGAAAGA